GGAGCGGCGGGCGGGGCACCGCCCCCGGAAGCGGCGUGCGGCGGGGUGCCAUGGCCGGCGGGGCCAUGGCGGGCGGCGGGGAUUCAUUUCGCGCUCUGCUCCGCGCCGCCAACGCGCUCCUGCAGCAGCGCCGCUACCACGCCGCGCUCGCCGUCAUCAAGGGCUUCCGCAACGGCGCCGUUUAUGGAGCCAAAAUCCGUGCCCCACACGCCCUGGUGAUGACUUUCCUGUUCAAGAGUGGAAGUUUAAGGGAGAAGCUGAAGUCCAUUGCCCAGGCCACAUACGCCCAUUCCCGGAACCUGGCCUAUUUUGUGUUCACCUACAAGGGGCUCCUGGCAGCGCAGUCCCAGCUGCAGGGGAAGAAAAUCCCGUUCCAUUCCUUCCUUGCAGCCUGCAUCGGGGGCUGGCUGGUGUUUGGGGACAACAAUCCCAUCAACAGCCAGAUCAUCAUGUACCUGCUGUCGCGGAUCCUGUUCGGUUUGGCUCGCCUGGCCGUGGAGAAGGGCUACAUCCCCCAGCCCAGGCAGGAUCCCUUCCCCCUGGUAGCUGCCCUGGUGUGGGGGACAGUGCUGUGGCUCUUUGAAUACCACAGGGAGACGCUGCAGCCCUCCCUGCAGUCCUCCAUGACGUACCUGUAUGAGGACAGUGAGGUGUGGCACGACCUGUCUGACUUCCUCCUUUACAACAAAAGGACAGCCAGCAAGUAGGUGCUUCACCCUGGAACACCUCACACUGGGAUGGGACUGCCCAGCAGCUGGGGGAAGAGGUUAUUCUGUUGCUCUUGACCUGUGAUUUUUUUAAAUGACCAUCUGUCAAGCAGAGUUGAUUCUUGUCUCCAGGCCAGAAUGUUCUGAUCAGUCUUUUGGCUCCUUUUAGAGCAAGCACACGCCCCACAGAAACUUGUUACAGUCUUUUUUAAGAGGCCUUCUUUUCCCUGCAAUGUGGCGUUGGGGUUUGUUCUUUAAAAACUAAAUAUAUUUACAAAAUGACAGCCUGACAGUAAGUGGAGAGCAUGAAAACAUGUUCUAGGGCUCAUCUGAAUGUUUACAAGUGGUUUUUCCUGUGCUGCUGUGCUCAUCGUGGUGUGAUCGAGGAUGAAGGGAGCGGGGUACCUGCUGAGCUCUGAAAGCAGGGCCAUCACUUCUUCAUUGCUGUGGAUGGCUGGAAAUCCUGUUUAAGCUAUUACAAGGACAGCUGUGUGCUCCUUGAGAGAGUUCCUCUGCAGAGACAAUGAAAUGUGUGAGAAUAGAACUGUUAGGAUUGUCUUGUACAAGCCUGGUAAAUCAGGCUUGGAAAGAUUAUUUUUGCUUGGUUUCUUUCUUACACUUGAGCUGAAUCUAUGCCUCUGCAAAGUGCACUAAUGAAUACCCUGUAAUUAUUUUAAACUUGUUUGUAAAGCUUUUAAAAGCUGCUUGAACUAAAUACCAAAAACAGUUACACAACUUGGGCUCCUCUACAAGCAGGCCUCGGCUCUCACGCUGGGGACUUGGUGUGUCCAAGGGAACAACAUUUACCAAGCACUUUUGUUUUGGUGGAGCAGGACAGGGGUUUCUCUGAGGCCCAGAACCUGCCCUCCACAGCAGUGGCACAGGUUGGCUGUAAUCACAUUUGAAUCUGAUUUUGUACCUGUAGUUUGUGCAGGCUCGUUGCUGAGGCCGUGAAUUAAUUUAUUAAUUAUCUUCCUCUCAAAAACCCUCUGCUGAGCCCCAGGAUAAGGCAGCACACCCUGGGCUAUGGCAGAAGAUUGCCUAGGUAGCUGAGAAAGCACAAAAACUGGUUUAAUUAAUCAAUUAAUAAAUUCAAACUCCUAACAGUGCAAGGCAUUCACCUGCCAUAUAACACUACACAGUUUACUCAAUGAUGUGCAUUGAAAUAAUUCCUGCUACACUGGUUUGAUGCAGUGAUAUUUCCAAGAGAAUCAUUAAGUUCCCUUUUGGCUCAGUUGGGGUUAUUUGGUUCACUUUCCCUGUAUCCACCUGCUUUUCCCUGACCUGCCCAUGUCAUUUCAUAAUCCUGUAAUCCUGCUGAUGUUCUUUCUCUUCAUCAUCUCUUGAACUCUUUGCCCUCCAGGCUCUGGCAAUUUCUCCUGUUCAAUGGUACAGCUGAAACAGUACAUUUAACUUCAGGGAGCUUCUGAGUAGAAAAGAAUUCUCAAUUUGUUCUCAAGUCAUUUUUCCAUGUCCUCCUAAACACCUUUAUUGCUGUUGCUCAUAUUCAGAGUGCUGCUUUGCUCUUUAUUUUUGCACUUUUCUUUGUCUAUGCAAAUCCAUGAUAUACAUGGUGCCCAAAAACCAAGAUACUUCUUUGUCAUAAUAACUCUCUAUUAUCCCUUUAACUUCUAAUUUCAUUGCUAACUUCUAAUUAACUGCUGUUACAGUCUGGACUGAAUAAUUGAAUUGGAACAUCCAUCAGACCCCACAAAAGCUGUAAAAUUAGGAAUUUGAUUUGGUUAUUUUGGUUAAAUAUUUUUCUCUGUAUAGAGAAAUGUGAAGAUUCAAUACAGAAUACAGGUGAGGUCUGAUUCCUUUAUAAACAUCUUUAUUUCCACCACUGCUGGGUAUUUGAAGCAUCACCAUUUUUCUGUCAAGAGCCUCAAUAUUCUUCCAAUAAGAGCAUUGGUAUUUCUGCUAAAAUUGCUGAAUUCCUGCAAGCUUUGAUGGGAUUUCAGAAAGUUGGCAGCUGUGGCUUGGGAAUUGCUCCCUAAAACUAUUAAACUCACAAAUGCUUGACCAUGUGUAAUUAUUGCAGCAAAAGAAGCUGUGGGCUGGUUCUGUGAGCUGGCUGUCUCUGAGAAGGUUUGGAUCUGUUAAAUUUUAGCUGGUGUUUCUUUCUCUGAGAAAGGCUUGUGGUUCCCUUGGAGGUGGAGUCAUUUUCCUCUGCUGGGAGUGACACCACUGUGGCUGCUGGUGGAGCCCUUCAGUGUCCAUGAGAAGGACAUGAAGUGGCCUUUCCUGACCUUUUCACACUGCUCCCUGCCCUCUCUAGAAAAUCCAGCCAAAAACCAGUGUCUGGAAUCAGCCUGGCAGCAGUGACCACUGCUUCUCCUUGGUUCAAAACGCCCUUUUUCUCUUGGGAAUCUCUCCCUUUCUGAGGAAGCCGUGCCUGAGCCUGCAGCCAUCUGUGGUGGAGCUGCAGGAGGCAGCUGCCAUCCCUGGGAUCCCGGCUCCUCCCGGGGCACAGCCCCUGGGGCUCUGCUGGCCGUUGUUUUCCCACUGUGCCUAAGCUGCAAGGCACUGCUUUCCCCAGGGAAGGAACUGGGACAGCUCCUUAAUGACAUCGCCCCCGUGGCUGCUCCUGGGACCAGAUAGCUGGGGAUGAGCCCCUUCUGCUGCCAAGGUGUUGGAACAAUGCAGAAGUGUAGUAGGGAAGCGAACUAGAAGUAAUUUGUCUGAGUCAGACUUGUGGGAUGUGUAAGUGACACUCCCUGCCCUCCCCCAGGGCAUUGUGUGGGGACUGGAGGGCCCUGUUUGGGUUCCCUUUUUAUUAGCAUUAAAAGCAAAAGGAAUAAAGAGACAGUUGGGAAGCCACCUGCCCAUGGCCAAGUGUCAAGGAUCACAAAGAAGGGCCAUUUUCUCCCCCCAGCCCUGACUGGUUUUGAAUUUUAAGAUGAGCACUGAGUUGUUUGUCCACAGCAACUUUAUUUUCCCUUGUUAUUUCUUCCUUGACACCUGACUGAUGCUGAGUGUCUCUAAAGAGGAGCAGAGUGUCUCAAUCUUAGCUCAGCUGGUCAAAAGUGAGGAACACUGGAUAAAACUGAAGUGUUUAAAAUGAUCCUUCUCCCUCAGAUUUUAAGCCUGUCUUAGAGGCAGUUUUAAAGAUUAAUGAAUCGAACUGAUCAAAAGUUUUCAGCAAUCCUGAGCUUUUCAAGCAGACUGACUAUCCUGGGCUAUUAAUCAUUUAUUUUAUGAAGGAACAAAGCAGGCUCAGGGUUAUUUACUGCCGCUGCCUGCUGCCCUGGCAUACCCACUGUGCUUCCCUUCCCUUUGGAGGACAGCUUGUGUGCUGGGGCUGGCUCUGGGGAUGGCUGGAGAACCCUUUCCGGGACAAUUGCAUUAUUUAACAAAGGUGAAAAUUACACAGCUGCCUGACAUUUGGGUUAGGGAAGCUUUUCUGGGCUGUGUUUGAUGCUGGCAGUGAAGGAGAGGAUAUUCCUGAGAGCAAAUGCUGUGUUUGGCCAUUGGGUGCUGCAGAGAGGGGCUGGAGGAGGCUGGGGCUGCUGGAAGGUGUGAGCCCGUGUCUGUAAUGGGACAGUGGAUUUGUGGGAAUCCACAGGGUCUGAUCCCUGUGUUUGUGCAAUAACCAGAGAACUGGCCCUGCUCAGGGCAUUUAUCAUGGAAAUGUGGGAUGGUUUGGGUUGGAUGGGACCUUAGAAACCAUCUGUGAGCAGGGACACCUUCCACUAUCCCAGGUUGCUCCAAGCCCCAUCCAGCCUGGCCUUGGACACUUCCAGGGAUCCAGGGGCAGCCACAGCUUCUCUGGGCAGCCUGUGCCAGGCUGGAGAGGGUGCAGGGAAGCUUUGGUAUUGGUGCUGUGAGACUUUCCUGCCCUGCUAGAGUAGGUCAGGCUCUGCUUUACCCCGAGCUGGCUGCGGGUGGAAGGGCAGAGAUGAUCCCUGGCUGCUGAAAGAGACCCAAAGCAGGGCCCCCCUUCUGCAGAGAGCUCUGCAGCCAGCUGGGAGCUGCCGUGGCUGCUGCUGCUGCUGGAGCAACCAGAACCCCGAGCAGAUCCCUCAGCCAGGAGAAACUGCUCGUUUUCCCUGCAUCAGCACAGAGGUGACCUUUGGAUGAUCCCCGAGCCGAGCGCUGCUCACUGUUUGUCAGGUUGUGUUUGUGUCCCUGGCCCAUGCCAGCCUGAAGCAGAACGUGUUUUCUGAUGCUGCUUCUGAAACCCAACAGAUAAGGGAGGAGGGAAGAUGAGGCAUCAUGUCUGUCUGCCGCUGUUAAUAUUUUUGGGGUGUUAAUCUUGAGUUUUCAACCUGUGUGUUCCUACCAGAUUGGUGGAGGAGGUAACUUUUUUCUUUACUUAGAAGAAUUUUCAUGUCUCUGGUGAUGAGGAGGGAGAAAAACAAACUAAAAGCUCUAUAAUACAGGUAUUAUUACCUCUGCUUUUGAUAUAUAUUUUGUAUUCAUAAUUGCUGUGUAAUCCAGGCCCUGAUUUUCUGACAUUAUGGAAUAAAGUAAAGAACAUAAACUCAGGUAACUUAUGUGACACUGAUCAGAAUCCUUGUAGAAAUAUCUUGGUGUUGGGGUUUAAAACAAUAAAAAGGGGGCAGUGGGUUGUUGCUGUGGCUCUGUCCACAAUGAAUUGCCUUGUUGUGGUUGUUAUUUCUGUAUAAUCACUCUUUGAAUAAUACAAUACUGUGCUUUCUCUAAAAAUAAAAACCUCUAAUUUUUUGUCUUUUU